UAACUUCUUCCUCCACACUCACAAGUCACAGCUCAAUUAUUACUCAAAAUUUUAGUCUGAGAAAUCACGAGAGAAAUGUUGAAGGAAGAUCAAAGCAAUGGCACUGCUACCGCCAAUAACUGGGCUCGUGUUUGUGAUACGUGCCGGGCAGCAGCAUGCACGGUGUACUGUCGUGCAGACUCCGCGUACCUCUGCUCGGGCUGCGACGCCACCAUUCAUGCUGCCAAUCGCUUGGCGUCGCGCCAUGAGCGCGUGUGGGUAUGUGAGGCCUGCGAGCGUGCUCCGGCCGCUCUCCUGUGCAAAGCGGAUGCAGCGUCGCUCUGCACUGCCUGCGACGCGGACAUCCAUUCCGCCAAUCCUCUAGCGAGGCGUCACCAGCGCGUCCCCAUCCUGCCCAUCUCCGGUUGCUUGUACAGCUCUCAGGCAACCGAACAAGGUGGGAUGGGAGUGGUUGUGUCUGCUGGGGCGGAGACAGAAGAUGGGUUCCUGAGCCAGGAAGGAGAUGAUACCAUUGAUGAGGAAGAUGAGGAUGAGGCAGCAUCUUGGUUGUUGCUCAACCCGGUGAAAAACAGCAGCAACAACAACAACAACACAAACGCUCAGAAUAAUGGGUUUUUCUUUGGAGUGGAAGUUGAUGAGUAUUUGGAUCUUGUGGAGUACAACUCAUGUGCUGAUCAGAAUAAUCAGUUCACUGACCAUCAUCAGCAGCAUGACCAGCAGGAGCAACAACAAUAUGGGGUCCAAUACAAGAACUAUGGAGGAGAUAGUGUUGUGCCAGUUCAUCAGCAUGGAGAAGUAGGGAAAGCUCACCAGAUGCAGCAGCUGCAGAAGCAAAGUUUUCAUCAGUUGGGUUUGGAGUAUGAGUCCUCAAAAGCUGCAUACAGUUACAAUGGUUCGCUAAGUCACAGUGUUUCUGUUUCAUCCAUGGAUGUUGGAGUUGUACCGGAUUCAACAAUGAGCGAUAUCUCAAUUUCGCACCCGAGAACUCCCAAAGGAACUAUUGACCUUUUCAGUGGUCCUACCAUUCAAAUGCCAACCCAACUAAGUCCAAUGGACAGGGAGGCCAGGGUCCUACGGUACAGAGAGAAGAAAAAGUCGAGGAAGUUUGAGAAAACAAUCCGGUAUGCCUCAAGGAAGGCCUACGCCGAGACCAGACCCCGAAUCAAGGGCCGGUUUGCAAAGCGAACUGAAAUGGAAGUUGAAGUCGACCAGAUGUUUUCCACAUCGCUGAUGGCGGAAAAUGGAUAUGGCAUUGUUCCAUCAUUCUAAUUACGACAUCAGAAGAUGAAAGAUGACCCUCUCUCUUAACACUUGUUCUGGUUUUUAGUCUUAUUAAUUAUUAAAAAUCUGCUACUGAUAUAUAGUGUAUCUUUUUCCAGUUUAAUUGAUCUAAAUUAUUGAGA